AUGAUGUAUGAUGUUAGUUGUGAUUCAGAAUCAUACGAUUGUAACAACAAUUAUUUCUUAUCAUCAAUAUCGUAUGAUUCAUAUGAUAAAAAAUGUUCAAGUCCUUCUCCUAUCAUACAUUUAUCAUCAUCAUCAAUAAAGGGAGAAAAAAAAUAUUGUUACUUCACAGAAAAGAGAUUCAAGACAUUAUGUUCUUCAUCUACUUCUACUUUAACAACUACAAGAACAAAAAAUACACCGGCGGCACUUAUUGUUCGUUCAUCAUCGUUAAAGACAAAUAAUGUUGAUGAUUAUUAUGAACAAUGUCGAAUUGAUAUAUUAAGAUCACGUAUGGAUAAUAUUCAAAUAAAUUCAUUUUUAAAAUUUGUUAAUUAUCAUAUAUCAAAACGUGGUCAUAAAAUUCAUGAUAUUUCUAAAGAUUUAUCAAAUGGACAAAUAUUAAUUGAUUUAAUUGAAAUAUUAUCAUCAAAUAAAUUACCACGUGAAAAAGGUCGUACAUAUUUUCAUUCAAUGCGUAAUGUACAAAUUGUAUUAAAUUAUUUAAAAUCAGAUAAAAAUCUUACACAUUUAAAUAUUUGUCCAAAAGAUGUUGUUGGUGGUAAUAUGAAACAAAUACUUGCUUUAUUAUGGUUAAUUAUGAAAACAUUUAAUUUUAAUGGUUUUCGUUUAAAUAAAAAUAAAAAUUAUUUUAAUGAAAAAACAUUAUUCUAUGGUCAAGAUAGAAGUCAAUUAUUAAAAUGGUUAAAUGAUAUUUUAAAUAAAAUAUUAUUAACAUCAACAUAUAUAUAUGUUAAAGAUUUUCUUAAAAAUACAUGGUUUGAUGGAUAUUAUUUAAGUUUAUUAUGUAAAUUUAUUUGUCCAUUAAGUCUUAAAUAUCAAUCAUUAACAUGUGGACAUCAAUGUUUAAAAUUAAUUCAACAAAUUAAUGAUAAUAAUUAUCGAUUAGAAAAUUGUUUUAAAUUAAUAAAUUUAUGUUUUGAUAUUCAAAUUGAUAAUUAUCAAUUUUUAAUAGAUGAAAAUUUUCAUACAGAAAAACUUUUUUUUUCAUAUUUUUGUGAAUUACAACGAUGUAUAGUUCAUUUAUUUAAACAAAACAAAUGUAAUAAAUUAACAUUAAAUAAUAAUCCUUAUUCAAAAAUUAUUCUGGAAACAAUUAUGGAUGAUAUAAAUGGUUAUUCUACAUCUUCUCAUUCAUCGUCCUCAUCACUAAUAGAAUCCAUCGAUGAUGAUUAUUUAAUUUGUAUUGACGAGAACGAUAUAAUGAAUUUAUCGAUAAACGAGCAAAAUGGAAUCAAAAAACAAAAUGAUCUUAUUACAGUAACAAAAUCGCGAACGUUCAAAAAAAAUGAACAAAAUAAUGAAGUAUUACGUAAAAAUCGUUGGACAAUUGUCGUUGAUGAUAUACCAUGUGAAUUUCAGACAAAUAUUAUUAAAAAUCCAUCUCAAAAUGAAUUAAUAACACAUAAUUCUGAUAACGGUAUUAUCUUCAAUGUUUCUGAUAUUGUGGACAAUAUAGAAAUCAAUUUGUAUAAUAAUACAUCUACGGUGAAAAAUGACAACAUGCCGUCAGUGAAUAACAAUAAAGAUGAAACUAUUAAUAAAAAUAACAUGAAGGAUUUACAUAAGGUCAACAAGGCUACUGAAGUGAUCAUCGUAAAUGGGAGAAGGAACGAUGAUGAUGAUCUUAUACCAUUGAUCGAAAACGUUGAAAAUAAUCAACCAAUUUUAGAAGAAUUAAUGAAUAAUCAUAUUGAAAAAAAUAACUCUGUUUUAGUGAAUAAUAAUAUAGAACAAAAAUACAAUAAAUCCAAACAGCAAAAAAAAUCGACUAUAAUAAAAGAAAAAAUUCAUAAUGAGGAUCAAGGUAAUAUUUCUGAAGAAAAAAUCGUCGAGAUACCAAUUACAGACACUGCCAAAAAAGAUAUGUCUACAAUAUUUCAAGAAGUCAAUAGUGAUAAAAAUGAAGAAAAAAAGAAUGGUUUUCUUCAACAUGAUGAAUUAAUACCAAAAUUGAAAUUAAUAGAAACUAUGUCGUACGAUGCUACUGUCCCAGAUGAAAUAAAUGCUAACCAUUUUACUGAAAAAACUGUCGAUAAUUCAGUGUCAUCAUCAUUAUUAUCAACAAAUAAAUGUCAAAAACGAAAAAUGAAUAUAAAUAAUAAAAAGGAAAAUGUAUUAAAUGAAGUAUCUACUACAAAUUCAAAAGAUUUAAUUCCCAACAGUAAUCACUCUUUUUAUCGUCUUAUUUUACAUCGUGGUUUACUAUCAAAAACUCAUAAUCCAUUUGAAAUCGAAACAAAAUGGAACAAAAUAUUUCAAAAUUCGACAACAAAUUCCUAUUUAUCUACAAUAAAUGAAAAUAAACCAUCGUUUGUCAUGUUAUUUCCACCACCAAAUGUUACUGGUACAUUACAUUUAGGACAUGCAUUAACAGCAUCUAUUCAUGAUUGUCUACUACGUUGGAAAGCGAUGAAUGGUUAUCAUGUUCAAUGUAUACCCGGUUAUGAUCAUGCCGGCAUUGCUACACAAGUUAUUGUUGAAAAACAUAUUCAACAAGAAUAUAAAUUAACACGUGAACAAAUUGGAUAUGAUAAAUUUAUGGAACAAUGUUAUUAUUGGUCAGAUAAAUAUCGAGAUAUAAUUGAACAACAAUUAAAACGUCUUGGUUUAAUAUUUGAUUGGAAUGAAAAAUAUUUUACUAUGGAUCAACAAUUAAUUGAACAAGUACGAGAAACAUUUUUAAAAUUAUAUAAUAAUCAAUUAAUUUAUCGUGAUAAACGUAUUGUUAAUUGGUGUUCAAAAUUAAAAUCAGUUGUUAGCGAUAUUGAAGUAGAAUAUCAAGAAAUUAUUGGACGAACAAAAUAUUCUAUACCAGAUUAUUCAAAACAAAUUGAUUUAGGUUUAUUAUACAAUAUUGCUUAUAAAAUAUUAGAUAAGGAUAAUAGUGAAGAAAUUAUUGUUAGUACAACACGUCCAGAAACAAUAUUAGGUGACACAGCUAUUGCUAUUAAUCCAAAUGAUGAUCGUUAUAAACAUUUACACAAUGGUAAAUAUGUUGAAAAUCCCUUUGAUAAAAAUUAUCCAUUAAAAAUUAUUCUUGAUGAAACUGUUGAUAUUAGCUUUGGUACUGGUGUAGUUAAAAUAACACCUGGUCACGAUUUAUUCGAUUAUAAUUUAGCUAAAAAACAUAAUUUAGAUAUUAAAACUAUUCUUGAUGAUAGUGGUUAUAUUUCUUUACCAAAUAAUCACGAUUAUUAUAAACAAUUAAAUAGUUUACAUCGAUAUGAUGCACGUGAUCUAGUUUUAAAUAUAUUAAAUGAAAAGUCAUUAUUACGUGGUAUAAGUGAACAACAACGAACAACAAUACCGAUAUGUAGUCGAACAGGUGAUAUUAUUGAACCAUUAGUUAAAGAACAAUGGUUUUUAAAUAUGCAACAAUUAGGAGAAAAAGCAUUAAAUGUUAUCGAUAAUCAAUUAAAAUUAACACCAGAUUUUACACGAAAAUUAUGGAAACAAUGGUUAAAUAAUGUUAAACCAUGGUGUUUAUCACGACAAUUGUAUUGGGGACAUUCAAUUCCAAUGUAUAAAUGUAGUAAUGGAGAAUGGAUUGAUGCACAUACAUAUAAUGAAGCACUUUCAAAAGCAAAACAUCUAUUUCCUGAUCAAGAUAAUUUAGUUAUUGAACAAGAUAAAGAUGUUUUAGAUACAUGGUUCUCAUCAGGAUUACUACCUAUUUCUGUUUUUUUCAAACGUCAAAAUAUUUAUCCUACAUCACUUUUAGAAACAGGCUAUGAUAUUAUGUUCUUUUGGGUGGCCAGAAUGGUUAUGCUUAGUUUAAAAUUAACAGAUCAGUUACCAUUUAAUGAGGUAUUAUUUCAUGGUCUAAUAUGUGAUCCGAAUGGAAAAAAGAUGAGUAAAUCGUUAGGAAAUAUAAUUGAUCCAAUAGAUGUUAUUGAUGGUAUUAGUUUAUCAUCACUACAAAAACGUCUUGAUCAAAGUCAUUUAUCUAAAGAUGAAAUAUUACGUGCUAAAAACAUUCAAAAACAACAUUAUCCAAAUGGAAUUGAACCAAUUGGUGCUGAUGGUUUACGUUUAUGUUUAUUAUCACAAGAUAUAUUACAACAAACAAUAAAAAUUGAUCCAUUACAAUUUGAUUAUGUUGGACGAUAUUGUAAUAAAAUAUGGAAUGCUUAUAAAUAUGUGACUGAACAUGCUCUAUCCGAUAUUGAUUAUAAACAAUUUACUAAUGAUAAAAUUAAUUAUGAAUCAAUUCAACAAUUCUCAUCAUUACGUACUAUUGAUCGAUGGAUGUUGCAACAAUUAAAUGACACAAUUCGUAAUGUUAAUUUGGCAUUACAAUCAUAUUCAUUUAAUGUUGCUCUCGUUCAUUUAAGAGAAUCAUUUAUUAAAGAUUUUUGUGAUUUCUAUAUUGAAUUUAGUAAGAGAGUAGUAAAAAAUGGAGAAAUUAAACGAAAUAUUCAAAUUUUGUUGUAUUAUUUACUAAAACAAUAUCUAUUAUUAUAUCAUCCGUUUAUACCAUCAUUAACAGAAGAAUUAUGGAAUGCUUUAACCGAUGGAAAACAACAGUAUCUUAUCAAUAAACCUUAUCCAAUAUUUAUUAAUGAACAAGUAUCAAAUCCUGAUUUAAAUGAAUUAAUUAAAACUAUUCGAAUGAUCUUAAAACAAUGUUCAUAUCUGAGAGAUAUAUUGAGAUUACGUGAAUGUGAAUCGUAUAUUUGUAUUACUAAUCAACCUCAACUUUCUACUGAACUACAAACAUAUCUCAAUGAAAUAAGAAUGGUAUCACGUUUACAUCAUUUAAAAAUAGUUGAUACGUCAUUGGAUGACAACCGUUCAUAUUUAAAAGAGUAUGUAAACGAUAAUAUUGAAAUUAUUGUUAAAAUAACUGAUCAAAAAUUAGUGAAAAAAGAAUAUGAUAGAAUAACGAAACACAUAACUAAACUAAAAAACGAUAUAAUUAAUCAUGAAAUAAAAAUUAAAGAAGAACAAGAGGAUAUUGUGAAAUUGAAACAAUUACAAUCAAAUUUAGUAACAUUGGAAGAUGAUCUAAAACGAAUGACAAGACGACAGGAACGAUUUUCUAUUGUACUUAAUAGGAAUGAAUCUGAUAGUCAACAAAAAUGUACACUGUAA